AUAGUAUUUUUUCUCUCGGAACUCGCUUUUCCGACGUAACGUCCGGUACAAAAUCUGAAAUCAACGGGAAAACAAUCUAAGCAAUCUACCGAAUUAUCAUAAUUACUGGUAUUUUGCGCUCGAAACUUGACGGCGAAUCUAAAUAUUCUGUUUCCAUAAAAAAAUCAUUUUCAUUCCAGAAGUGAUGAAAACGAAUGGAGAAUGAAAACUUUCCCCUCGCCGCAACUACCAGCCCCGGCAAAAGUUUGGUGUUUUUUGACUUGGAGACGUCCGGAUUUGGUCAGAGUUGCGAGAUCGUCCAGCUAGCUGCGGUGAGCGGUGGCCAUUCCCUUAACCUCUUUACAGUCCCUCGCUGUCGGAUGCAACGUGGAGCUGCCAAGGUCACAGGCUUCAGGGUCCGGAGGCACAAGCUCUACCACCACCGCCUCCCUGUUCUCACCAACUCACUCAGGGAGGUCCUGGUGUCCUUUAUUGCCUUUCUGCACAUGUUUGACCAGCCAGUGCUUGUUGGUCACAACAUCCGCAGGUUCGACUGCCCCGUGCUAACUCGAGCUCUUGAUGAGUUUGACUUGAAGCCUGAGUUCCAGUUAACAGUUUCUGCAUGCUUGGACACUCUCCCCUUGGCCCGUGAGAUUCUGAAGGGACAUGGUGUCCAGAGUUUUCGCCAGGAGAACCUUGUCCAAACUCUUGUUGGAGUCACAUACAAGGCGCAUGAUGCCUUGGAAGAUGUGAGGUCACUGCAGAGGCUCUAUAGUGCCCUAGGGGCCACACCAGAGCAAGUCGUCAGGCAUAGCUUCACCCUGGACACCUUGGCAAAGCCAGCACCCAAACCGCCCCCUGCCAACGAGGAGAAGGGACCCUUUAAAGCACCAGGACAACGCCCCCCUGUGGGAACAGUGGGAAGAUUUCAGAGACCUGAUGCUAGUUGAAUUAAUGGAUUCUUGUUGUAAAUAUAAUUAUAUUGGCAUUUUCACAUGUUGCAGAGUUCUAAAUUACUGCAGCUCUUUUAAAUCUGUAAUAUGUCCAUAAAAUUCUGUGACUUGGUGAAGGAUAGCAAUGUGUGUGUGUAAUUCAAUAAAGUAUUUUUUUCAG